CAACUAAAAACGGAUAAAUUAAAAAGUAUCAAAUGACGUCGACCUAAAAACGCGCAUAAUUGAGAAAUAAAAAUAAACAGCUAAAAAAAGAGAAAAAAACAAACGUGAUAUAUACUUACUUAGCUGAAACAAUAGAUCUACAUACUACAUUAUUAAAACUAAAAAAAUAUAUAAGCAAUAAAAUAUACAAACAAAAAUCAAACUGACAAACUUGGAAAAAAGUGUAAACGGCCCACACAGAAAGUUCAAUAAAAAUCGUUUAAACUAGAAAUAAUACAUACACAUAUAAAGUUGAUGAUUAAUAAAUUCUUUAAAUAUUAGUUUAACUAAAUUUAAAAGUGAUUUAAUAAAUAUUUUACAAAAAUUUUAAAAUAGUUUGUCAUUUUAAGACAUUGUUUGUGUGGAAUUAAGUAACAAACCAAAUGUUAACAAGAGCGUAAAGUUAAAUAUGUUUGGCAACAAUAAUAACAUUAAUAUGUUUAAAAUGUUAUACUUAAAGUGCUUAAUAAUUUUAUCACUACUGGUGCAUUUAAAUUCUACUCAAGGUUUAUAUUCAAUUAUUGCGCCAAAUACUUUAAGACCAAAUUCACAGUAUCAUGUAGCUGUAAGUAUACACAAAGCUGCAGAGCCAGCCAAAGUUAAAGUUGGAAUAAUCGGCAGUGCAUAUAGUGACUUCAAAACUGUAGAAGUCAGACCCUAUUCUACAGAAAUGGUACAUUUUGAGAUACCCUCCUUAAAGAGAGAUCGCUAUAAUCUAACAGCUGAAGGACUCUCAGGUAUACGCUUUACCAAUGAGACGCAAUUAAAUUUUGAUGCUAAACAAUUUACGGUUAUGGUGCAGUCUGAUAAGGCCAUCUACAAACCUGAAGAUAUUGUACAUUAUCGUGUCUUAAUAAUGGAUGCCAAUUUGAAACCCGCAAUAAAUUAUGGAAGUGUCAAUAUCGCUAUCAAAGAUGGUGGUAAUAAUGUAAUUCGAAAAUAUAAAGAUGUAAAAUUAACGAGCGGAGUCUAUGCCAAUGAUCUUUUGUUGUCGGAUUAUCCUAAAUUUGGUGAGUGGUCGGUAGAAGUUGAGAUAAUGGAUGAAACCUAUAAGAGAACAUUUGAGGUUGUUGAGUAUAUAUUGCCUAAAUUUGUGGUGGAUAUUAAUACGGAUAAACAUGUGAUCUAUAAGGAUGGUAAAAUUCGGGCUAUAGUUAAAGCUUAUUAUGACUUUGGCAAACCUAUUGUGGGUGAAGCUACUCUCUCCAUUUAUCCCACCUUCUUUGGUUCUCUGCAACCAUUUGUUAAUGAUUUAAUUACACGCAAGGUAGUGCCCAUUGAUGGUAGUGCUUAUUUUGAGUUUGAUAUUAGAGAUGAAUUGAAAUUGAAAGAAGACUAUGAACGUGAAUAUUUGUUGGAUGCUUUAGUAGAGGAAACAUCCACCAGUUCAGUACAAAAUUUCUCAACUGUGAUAACAGUACAUCUGGAUCCAUAUCGCGUAGAAGCAACAAAAUUGCCAAGCAACUAUAUACCGGGCGUACCAUUUGAAGUUUCGGCUAAAGUAUUGCGUAAUGAUGGUGCUAUGAUGAAAGAUUUCAAACCCGACUUGACCGCUUAUUUAACGAAUUCCUAUGACAGCAGCGAAAUGUUUAAUAAAACAGUCUACACUUUGGACUCUCGUUCUGAAGUUAAAAUGAAAUUUACAGUUCCACUUGGAGACAAAGAUGAAUAUCACUCUGUUAUUGUCGAUUAUCAAGGCAUUAUAACCGAUAUUGGAAAAGUACCACGCAAACAUUUGCACAGUAAAAAUUUUCUCACCGCUAAAGUUUUAAAUGACAAACUGAUGGUAAAUCAAGAAAUAAAUAUCGCCGUACGCAGCAGUGAACCCAUGAAAUAUUUUAUAUAUCAAAUUGUUGGACGUGGUGAUAUUUUACUAUCACGUGCUGUAGAUGUCGCUGAUAACUCAUAUCAUACCUUCAAAUUUAUUUCAACUUUUGCCAUGAUGCCCAGAGCUAAACUUUUGGUUUAUACGGUCAUCAAUGGAGAAUUUGUUUAUGACGAACAGGUCAUACAGUUCGAGGAAAAUCUUUUGAAUAAUGUUCAAAUUGAGGCGCCAUUGAAGGCCCCACCAGGACAGGAUAUUGAUAUAACGAUUACCUCUAAGCCAUAUAAUUAUAUUGGUUUAAUGGUGGUCGAUCAAAAUGCCUUAAAUAUUCGUAAAGGAAAUGAUCUUUCCACCUCCAAUCUAAUGAGAGCUCUUAAUCAAUACGAACUCAAUGACUACAACACACCUAUUGGAUCUCCGGGUAAAGAGUCCGGAGUUAUUACCAUGACCAAUACCGAUUUCAUAAUUGAAAAAGAACCCGAAACAACUCCAGCUCUGGGUAGAGCUUUAAAUGAAGAUGAACAUAAACUUACCACAAUACGUAAAACAGAUAUUGGACCAGCUCAUGCUAUAGAAACGAAUACUUUGGCACCGGGUAAAGGACGUUAUGCAUUUUCCUAUACACCCAAACCAUUUUGGCAUAAUCCACGCAUACAUGUUAUGCAUCCACCGGCGGAUACCUGGCUGUUUAUGAAUGUCUCAGCCGGUAGUGAAGGCAAGACAACAAUACACAGAAGACUGCCAAGUUCAAUGACAUCAUGGGUUGUCUCGGCAUUUGCUUUAGAUCCGGUGCAGGGAAUUGGCCUGACGAUGCCCUCGAAAAUGAUGCAAACCUUUAAGGAGUUCUAUAUAACAUCAGAAUUGCCUUAUUCUAUAAGAAUUGGUGAGACCAUUGCUGUGCCAUUUGUGGUCUUCAAUAACAAGGAUAGUGAUUUAGAUGUGGAUGUUACUUUGUACAACACUGCUCAAGAGUUUGAAUUUCCUCAAAUUGAUAAGAAGGCCCAGCCAAAACCAAAAAUUGAACUUUAUAGCCGUCGCCUGGUACGAGUUCUAGCUAAAUCUUCCAAAUCAGUUGCUUUUAUUAUUACUCCCAAACGUGUGGGUCAUAUUACGAUUAAAGCUGUAGCUUCGAAUCAAUUGGCUGGCGAUUCAAUAGAAUCUAUACUCUUAGUAGAACAUCCUGGUGCUACCGAAAUCGUUAACAAGGGUUUCUUGUUCGAAAUGGGUUCGAGUGUUCAACGCAAGGCCAAUGUUUCCAUACGCAUUCCCCGAAAUUCUAUAGCAGAUUCAGCCAAAAUUGAAAUAUCCGCUGUGGGAGAUGUUGUUGGCAGUAUAUUGGGCAAUUUGGAGAAUUUGAUUAGAUUGCCGUCGGGCUGUGGAGAACAAACAAUGAUACAAUUUAUGCCCAAUUUAAUGGUGCUGAAGUAUUUACAGCGCACUAGACAGCUAUCGCCAUCCUUAGAAAUGCGUGCGAAAAAGAAUCUGGAACUAGGAUAUCAACGUCUACUCUAUUAUCGCCACAAAAAUGGUGGCUUUAGUGCUUUUGGUUUGAGUGAAGAGAAAAGCUCAACAUGGUUAACGGCAUAUGUGGCGAAAGCUUUUCGCAUGGCCAGCGAAUUUAUACAAAUCGAUGAUGAAGUAAUAAUGACAGCACUAAAAUAUGUUGUGGACAAGCAAGCGGCUAAUGGAGGAUUCGAAGAACAAGGAGAUAUAUUCGAACAAUAUGAUGAUCAAGGUUUGAGUUUAAGUGCUUUUGCAACAUUGGCUUUAAUGGAAAACGUGAAUGCCUAUCCUGAGUAUAAAAACAAUAUCAAUAAAGCUUUGGACUUUAUAACACGCAGCUUAGAUAGUUCGGAUAAUUUACAUGCCAUGGCUAUAGGAACAUAUGUGCUGGCUAAAUCCAAUCAUGAUGCUAAAGUUUCUUUUGUACAAAGACUAGAUGCCAUGGCUGUAAAUGAAGAUGGCAUGAAAUGGUGGAAUAAAUCUGCACCUCCUACCGAAGCCAUGUCACCCUGGUAUAAUUCCACUCGUAGCGUUAAUGUUGAGAUUACCUCUUAUGCGGUUUUAUCACUAUUGGAGAACAAUUUAAUUGGUGAUGCCUUGCCCGUUCUGAAAUGGUUAAUGAAUCAACGUAAUGAUUUGGGUGGCUUUGUCAGCUCUCAAGAUUCUGUGGUGGGCUUGCAGGCCUUAGUAUCUUUUGCCGAGCGAUUUUCAAGUCAAGCCAAUAAUUUGCAAUUGUUAUUUAAUUAUGGCCAAAAUGCAGAAACGGUGUUAAAUGUUAAUGCCCAAAAUUCUUUGGUUUUGCAAACAAUUGAGUUGCCCAAUAAUUUGAAAAAUCUUACAGUUUCUGCUACCGGUAAUGGUUUGGCUUUGGCUCAAGUAACUUAUCGUUACAAUACAAAUGUUACUAGUGCUUGGCCUCGUUUUGUAUUGGACCCAACAGUGAAUAGAAAUUCUCAUUCGGAUUAUUUACAUUUGUCAGCGUGUGCCAGUUUUGUACCAGCUGAAGGCGAUUCAAAUCGUUCCAAUAUGGCUGUAAUGGAAAUUUAUUUACCCAGUGGUUUUGUUGUUGAUACCGAUACUUUGCCAACAUUGGAGUCCAGUGAAAGGAUAAAGAAAGUGGAAACCCAGAAACGCAAUACCGUUGUUAUAAUUUACUUUGAUUAUUUGGAUCGCAGAGAAGUAUGCCCCACCCUACAUGCCUACAAAGUGGUUAAAGUAACCAACCACAAGCCAGUACCUGUAAUAAUGUAUGACUACUAUGACAAUGUACGACGAGCCAGACAAUUCUAUAGAGCUCCAAAGUCACAUAUAUGCGACAUUUGUGAGCACGCCAAUUGCGGGGAAUUGUGCGAAAAAGCCGAAAAGCGUGAGUCACGUAAAUUAGAUACAAAUGAUUUACUUGAAGAACGCAGUUCAGCUAGAUAUGUUGCUGUAAAUACGAUAUUAAUGUUAUUAGUUUUUGUACUAUUUAAAAUAAUGAAUUAAUUAAUUAAUUAGUAAUAAUAAUGCCGAAAAUGUUUAGUUAUAAAAAAAAUAAAAUUAUACUCACAAUUCGAUCAAAGACCAAUCCUCAGUAAAGCUUUAACAAUAAUUAAUAUAAACUAUUUAUAUAAAUUCAUAUUUGUAUUAAUAAACCAUAAUUAAUGUAUGUAUAUUUAAAAUGUGUAUUAAAAAGAGAAUUUUGUACAAUUUAAUGAAAUUUAAUGUAAAAUAUGUUAAAAUCUUAAUGCGAAUGAAUAAGUGUAAAAAACAAGUAUAAAAACUUAUUAAAAUAUUAAUUUAAUUGUAAAAAGACUAAAAUAUGUAAUAUUAACUAAUAUUAGUUGUAGAUACUACUUAAUAAUUGUUUAAAAAAAAUUGUGCAAAAAUUAUUAAAUUUAAACAAACAAAUAAAUUUAGUUUGUAAGUGUAAAAAUGCCUUUCUUCUCUAAUAAAUAUAAAUUUAACAAGACUAAAACUUCAA